AUGUCGGCUUUCUUUGAGGGCAUCCUUCUGUUACAUAGCUGUCAUUUUUUAACAGAUGAAUUCCAGGAUUUAAAAGAAAGGGACUUUUCAAUUCUGCAAAAUCCGAGGACUAAAUCCAUCGUCAAUCUGCCCGUAACUGGUGAUUACUGCUUAGGAGAGGAAGAAGGGGCUCUUAAAGCUGGAGUCCUUAAGCAUGGCCCUGGAAAAUGGCGUACGAUUCUUAAAGACCCUGAGUUUAGUGGAGUUUUGUGUCUGAGAUCCAAUGUUGAUCUCAAGGAUAAGUGGAGAAACAUGAGUGUGAUGGCGAAUGGAUGGGGAUCUCGGGAGAGAUCUAGAUUAGCACUCAAGAGGAUGCAUCAGGCACCGAAACAUGGCGAGAGCUCAACAGCUCUUACCAGUGUAUCUCAAAGCGAUGAGGAAAUUGAUGAUGCUAGGCCUCAUGCAGUUUCUGGUGGUUCAUCACCAAUUGAUGGCCCAAAAAGAUCUAUCAUGAGGUUGGACAAUCUUAUUCUAGAAGCUAUAAACAACUUGAGGGAACCUGGUGGUUCUAACAAGAACACUAUAGCUACCUACAUAGAGGACCAAUACUGGGCACCUGCAAACUUUAGAAGGAUAUUAUCUGCCAAAUUGAAGCAUUUGGCUGCAAAUGGGAAACUUAUGAAGAUGAAACGGAAAUAUAGAAUAGCUCCAACUUCUUCAUUGUCUGAGAGAAGAAGGAACCCUUCUAUUUCACUUGCUGGCAGAAGGCAGGGGAUUUCUCUGAGAACUGACCGUGAUGAUGUCAGUGAUCUCACAAAAUCUCAGAUCGAUUUAGAGUUAGCCAAAAUGAGGAGCAUGACUCCAGAAGAAGCUGCUGCGGCUGCUGCUCAAGCGGUUGCUGAAGCAGAAGCUGCGAUGGCUGAAGCCGAAGAGGCAGCACGAGAGGCGGAGGCAGCAGAGGCUGAUGCUGAAGCAGCACAGGCUUUUGCAGAUGCAGCAUCAAAGACCCUGAAAGGAAGAAGCACUCCAAGUAUGAAUAUGCAAAUGAUUCAUGCAUGA